AUGCCCACAUUCGCCCCCAUUUGCAAUACGUUUCUAGACAUUGUGGCCUUCUUAAACAAGAACCACGUCCUCUUCGGCUACAUUGCCGACAUCAACGGCGGCGGCCAGCUCGUCACCUCCCACACGCUCAAGACAAUCAAUGUCUUCUUGUUGGACUAUCCCUCCAUGGCUAUGCAGCUUGACACGCGCAAAGCCAUGGAGCAAGAAUACUACAAACUUGUCAACCGCUAUGGCGGGCACACCGGCUACCGUGAGCCCGACCCCUCGAGGCGAUGCGGCGUUCACCGGCUUUUCCGCGAGGACCAGUCCACCUCGUCGUACCGAAGAGGUACGACGCGGCAGCAGCAGUUCGAGCACCAAAAGGCCAUUGUCAAGCACCAGCUCGCCGCACUGGACCAAAUGGUGUGGGCUCGCACGCCCCGUCUAUCGGAGCCGACGGGCCACCACGGACGGUACUGCAGCGCGCGCGCCAGUACAAAGAGCCUUCGCAGUGUUGGCGGGACCAUCACCAGCGGCGGCAGCACGGGACCCAGGACCGGCCGCAGUAACACGCGCUUCCACCCCUACGGCAAGCAGCGCGCCACCCUCCCGACUUCGGCUGUCUCGCAUACUCCCGAACUCGAAUCGGACAACACUCUGCCGAACAGAGAGACGGGUUGGCGGCGCCCCAGUAUCUAG